UCGCCGCGGCCGAGGCUCCUCGCCCUCCGAUUUUGCUUCUCCUCUCAAGAUGGCGGACACAAUGAGCCGGCGCAUCGCCGGUUGGCCCUGAAGUGACUCUGGGGAAGAACGGUCAGUGAGGUCCCAUCACCCCGACGACGAGAGAGCCUUGCCCGAAGAGGACGGCGCGGCGGCCCGACUGUCAGACGCCCUCCCGGGAGCCGCCAGCGCGGCGCCCGCACCGCUGGGGUUGGCCCUGAGCAGCCCGCCCGCUCGCUCGCCUCUCGGCCCCGCCCCGGCCCUGCGCCGCCGCGGCUGCCUUCAGCCGCCGCCGCCGCCAUGAAGCUGACCGACAGCGUGCUGAGGAGCUUCCGCGUCGCCAAGGUGUUCCGCGAGAACUCGGACAAAAUCAACUGCUUUGACUUCAGCCCCAAUGGGGAGACGGUCAUCUCCAGCAGCGACGACGACUCCAUCGUGCUCUAUGACUGCCAGGAGGGCAAACCAAAGAGAACCCUGUACAGUAAGAAAUAUGGUGUGGACCUCAUCAGAUACACUCAUGCAGCAAAUACGGUCGUUUACAGCUCUAACAAAAUAGACGAUACUAUCCGUUACUUGUCAUUGCAUGACAACAAAUAUAUCAGAUAUUUUCCUGGACACAGCAAAAGGGUGGUGGCCUUGUCCAUGUCACCUGUGGAUGACACUUUCAUUUCUGGGUCUCUUGAUAAGACCAUUCGACUCUGGGAUCUCCGGUCUCCUAACUGCCAGGGCCUCAUGCAUCUACAGGGCAAACCAGUUUGUUCCUUUGAUCCAGAAGGGUUAAUUUUUGCUGCAGGUGUCAACUCAGAAAUGGUCAAACUUUAUGACCUUCGUUCUUUUGAUAAGGGACCAUUUGCAACCUUUAAGAUGCAGUAUGAUCGGACUUGUGAGUGGACAGGACUUAAGUUCAGCAAUGAUGGCAAACUCAUACUCAUUUCCACCAACGGCAGCUUCAUUCGUCUUAUUGAUGCAUUCAAGGGUGUGGUGAUGCACACAUUUGGGGGUUAUGCUAACAGCAAAGCUGUUACACUCGAGGCUUCAUUUACUCCAGAUUCACAAUUUAUUAUGAUUGGUUCAGAAGAUGGCAAGAUCCAUGUCUGGAAUGGAGAGAGUGGUAUAAAAGUAGCUGUAUUGGAUGGUAAACACACGGGUCCAAUUACCUGUUUGCAGUUCAACCCCAAGUUCAUGACCUUUGCCAGCGCCUGUUCCAAUAUGGCCUUCUGGCUGCCCACCAUUGAUGACUGACCCUGACACUGCUUGGCUAUUUGUACAGCGAGGGCGGCCACCAGGAAAAGUCAGGGGUGACUGAGAUGACAGUGGGACUGACUGGACUGGAGAACAUCUGUCUGUCUACAUGGCCUCCCAGGGAUGUGCUGCCCAUCUUCUCGCUAAAGAAUUACUUUGUUGAGCGCCUUCCAAAGGACUCUUGGUGCUGCAGAUUCAGUUGGCACUCGGCCUUUCCAGCUCUCACUGCACCAAGCUCUUCAGAGGGUGACUGUUUAGGAUUAGGUUACAGUGGGGCCCUUGAGCCUCUUCAAUUUUGAAUAUAUUUGCUGCUGAAGAGCCAGUGAAGUCACCAGUUUCUGCACAUCCUUCUCCCACCCCAGAAAUGCAUGGGAAGCCACAGUUCUGGUUUUGAGAUGCUAGGGCAGCUCAGCACCCCUUGCCCUCACCCUGCAUGUCUUAUUACUGGGUCUCCCUGUGUAAUUGUGGCAUUAUUCCACAACCAUCAUGUUUCUUAGGUGCCAAACAUUUACAGAAAUAAGUCUUCAUAUACCUUGGGGUCAAAGAAUGAGACAAAUACAGAAGGACCUUGCUUGUCAGGAGGCUUUACAGUAUUCCUGUGUAGGUGGGUGGGGCAGGUCUCAGGCUUGGAUGUUGGCUAGCAAAAGGCCCAAGAGUCUGAAAGGGAGUAGCAGGUAAAUUCUGAGAGCUGAAAGGUUUAGCAGCCUGGUGCAAUUUCCCCAUCAAGACCGUCCCACAGUCUUUUUGUGGGGCUCCUACCGAGCUUGGCUUGUACAAAAGCAAGGUAGUAGUUUAUUUUUGUACCUGAGUCACAUCACGUUUUCCUGUGGGCCAGUAUUGUGGAAUGAGUCUGAGUUGUUUACACUGAUGCCUUCCUUCCCUGCCCACCACAAAUUGUGUACAUAGUCAGCAGAUGAUGCCCCUCUUCCCCAGCUCUUUCCCAAGAGCUGGCUCUAGGCCUGUGUUAUAUGUUAUAUUUAGCCUUUUUAUAUAUGACCCUUGAUCUGUUUGUAUUUGAGCACAGUGUGUGUGUCCACUUAAAUACAUUUGUGCAACAUGCACAUAAGUAUAUGUAUAUGCCUACUAUCUCUCUCAUCUAGUUAUCAAGAGUUCAGCAGGAGAGGGAACCCUGCCGCUGAGAAAGACUAUUUGUGGGUAGUGUUUGCCACAAGUGUUAGUCUUCUCUGUUAACCUUAGGGAGACAACAUGAAGCAGAGCUUCUAGUGUUUGCUGUUUUCAUGGCAGCUAAGUAAGAGCCUUGAGAUGACUCCCUUGUGCUCUUCAAUCAAGCCACACUUUGGGGCCCUCUCUACAGUAUUAGAAUCUUUUUUGCCUGAUUAUGCUCUGUCUGCAUCUGUGUAUGUGUGACAGUCACUUUUUGCAUGGCUUCUGUGCCUGGCUUGUGGCAUUUGGGGACAGGGUGCUAGAACCACAGUAUUUUUAGUUUGUCAGAACUUCUCAGCCAUUUAUGUCGGCAUUGUUGCCCCUUCUGCUUUCUCCUGAGAGAAGGCUAGGACCAGGCUGAGAAGACCUGCAGCUGACCUUUUCUUCCCAGUAUGGCCACCUCAGAGUAGAACAAAUGGUAGUCAAACAUUUAAGCAAGCAAUACCCCUGCAGAUCCAGAAAUGAAGACCCAACAGGCUGUGAUUUGCCCAUGAGUACCCAGCUGCUAGGGUGUCCGUCACCCCAUCGCUGCUUCUGUUCUGGAGCAGGUAUGGGCUUCAAAUCAACUAAUGCUAUUUAUUUUUUUUUAAAGCAACUUUUGGCUUGCUAUUCCAACUGUAAAGGUGGCCACUUUCACUGAAGUCUCUAAGUGUUGCUGAGCAGUCCUGCUUUCCCCAAGUGGACAGACUAUAGGAACCAGGUGAUUAGAGAGAUUACUGCCUACCUUCGGAAUAAGAGUCCAUGUUUGGAGGAACUGUUGAGAGCAAAUGUCUUAACUAUGGAUUGGUAAGGCCACAUAACCUGAAAGUAAAGUGGCUUGCCUGGCUGCAGGAAAAUUGUCUGCGUUCCUGAGUGUCCAAAGCCCAAGCACCAUGCUUUUGGAAGAUGUACUGCCUCACAGCCUCUGCUGGGCCCUGUGGCGGCAGAACUGUGUUCUGAAUUGGUAGGAAGAGAUGCAGCUGAAACUUAUGUGAGAGGGAGAAAGCAGAGUUGGCAAUAUGGGGAUGUGUCCCUGGGAUGUAUUCACCGUCCUCUGAAAAACCAGCCAGAGCCACUGCUCUUUUUGUGACAGCUGACACUGCACUGUUCAACCACCAGCCACUGGGGUACUUUUUAAUAAAUUACUCCCCGUUGUAACUGACAAUUAGUGCUUAUGAAGGAAAAUUUGGGGAUUUCUAAGAACCAGUUUGCCACCCAAAUGGUACCACUGUUAAUCUUGAUGUUGAAUGUUCCUUUAGAUAUCUCUGUGCAUAGACUUUGGUGUGUUUACAUAGUUGUUAUCCUACUGUACAUACAAUUUUAUGUCCCUUUUGUACUUAACAUAUAAACUUUUUUUUGCCAUGUUA